CUACCCCCCGCUUUGGCUACGGGGAACCCGCCAUGGUCCGCUACCGCAUCCGCGUGGCCACCGGCGCCUGGGCCUUCUCUGGGUCGUUCAACCGCGUGCAGCUGUGGCUGGUCGGGGAGUGCGGGGAGGCGGAGCUGGAGCUGCAGCUGCGGCCGGCGCGGGGCCAGGUGGAGGAAUUUGAGCAAGACGUCCCCAAGGACUUGGGGCCAUUGCAGUUCGUGAAGCUGCGCAAACACCACUCCCUGGUGGACGACGCGUGGUUCUGCGACCGCAUCACGGUGCAGGGUCCUGGCGACAGCGCGGAGGCCGCCUUCCCGUGCUACCGCUGGGUGCAGGGCGAGGGAGUGCUGAGCCUGCCCGAGGGCACCGCCCGCCUGGCAGGAGACAAUGCAUCGGAUGUGUUCCAGAAACAUCGAGAGAAGGAACUGAAGGAAAGACAACAAAUAUACUGCUGGGCCACCUGGAAGGAAGGGUUACCCCUGACAAUAGCUGCAAGCAGUGAGGAUGAUCUACCUCCAAAUACGAGAUUCCACGAGGAGAAGAGGCUGGACUUCGAUUGGAAAUUGAAGGCAGGAGCACUGAAGAUGGCCCUCAAGUGUGUCAACACCCUCCUGAGCUCCUGGAACCAUCUGGAGGAUUUUGAUCAGAUCUGGGACCAGAAGAGCACCCUGGCUGAGAAGGUUCACCAGUGCUGGCAGGAUGAUGAGUUUUUUGGCUACCAGUUCCUCAAUGGCGCCAACCCCAUGCUGUUGAGACGCUGCACCUCUCUGCCCUCCCGGCUGGUGCUGCCCUCAGGGAUGGAGGAGCUUUGGGCCCAGUUGGAGAAAGAACUCCAGAAGGGUUCCCUGUUUGAAGCUGACUUCAUCCUACUGGAUGGAAUUACAGCCAACGAGAUCCAAGGAGAGAAGCAGUACCUGGCUGCCCCCCUCGUCAUGCUGAAGAUGGAACCCAGUGGGAAGCUGCUGCCCAUGGUCAUCCAGAUCCAACCUCCCAACCUCAGCUCCCCCACCCCACCACUGUUCCUGCCCUCAGAUCCUCCACUUGCCUGGCUCCUGGCAAAGUCAUGGGUCCGAAAUUCAGAUUUUCAACUGCAUGAACUCCAAUAUCAUCUGCUGAAUACCCAUCUGCUGGCUGAGGUCAUCGCUGUUGCCACCAUGAGGUGCCUCCCAGGACUGCACCCUGUCUUCAAGCUCCUGAUCCCACACACCCGCUACACCAUGGAGAUCAACACACGGGCUCGGAACCAACUUAUCUCAAAAGGAGGUAUAUUUGAUCAGGCUAUGAACACAGGUGGAGGGGGCCAUGUGCAGUUGAUGCGUCGGGCCAUGGCUCAGCUGACCUACCGCUCACUCUGUCCUCCUGACGAUCUGGCUGACCGGGGCUUGCUGGGAAUUCCAAGUGCCCUCUAUGCUCACGAUGCUUUGCAGCUCUGGAAGAUCAUUGCCCGGUACGUGGAAGGGAUCAUCCACCUCUUCUACCACGACAAUGACACCGUGAGAGGGGACCCUGAGCUGCAGGCCUGGUGUCGGGAGAUCACUGAGGUGGGGCUGUGCCAGGCCCAGGACCGAGGUUUCCCCGUCUUCUUCCAGUCUCAGAAUCAACUCUGCCAUUUCCUUACCAUGUGUGUGUUCACGUGCACUGUCCAGCAUGAGGCCAUCAACAAGGGCCAGCUGGACUGGUUUACCUGGGUUCCUAAUGCCCCAUGUACAAUGCGAAUGCCCCCACCCACCACCAAGGAAGAUGUGACAAUGGCCACAGUGAUGGGCUCACUACCUGAUGUCCAAAAGGCCUGUUUUCAAAUGACCAUCACAACGCAUCUGGGUCGACGCCAGCCAGACAUGGUGCCUCUGGGGCAUCACAAAGAAAAGUAUUUCUCAUGCCCCAAGGCCAAGGCUGUACUAAACCAAUUCCAAACAGAUCUGGAAAACUGGGAAAGGAAAAUUACAGCCCGGAAUGAGCAACUUGACCUAGCCUACGAAUACUUAAAGCCCAGCCACAUAGAGAACAGUAUCACUAUCUGAGCUCUAAGGUGCUCCUACCUGAAAAACUCCA